CAAACAUGCAACAAAGGAUAUCGAAAGUUUAGCGAAAAUGGCAACAUUUUGGAAUAAAUGACCAUAAUGUGUAUUCUGCGUGCCACCCUAACUGGCGCAGAUUUUGCAGCUCAGUUGUUUUCCCUGGAAGCUGUGUGGCCGAGAGGAGGAAGAGUAUCUCUGGGAUUUCAGCUUGGAGGAGAAAGAAUUCAGGCUGCCGGAACUGGACUAGCACUUCUGAAUAUCCCGAGGUGAGGUCUCGUGACUUCCUUGGGAAGCUCUACCGCGCCUGCACCCCCACCCCACCCCACAACCACCACAAUAGGCUGCUGGAGUCUUGGGACCACCCAGGUCUGCUGCCUAAAUCCUUGCUCGCUUAGGGAGAGGAGGAGUGUUCCUGCGGGGCGGGGGCUUGGGGAAGGGAGGCUUGGGCAGGAUUGUAGGGUAAGAUCGCCCUGGUGACGAGGAGCGGAUCUAGACCUCAGCCUAAUAAAGGUUGCUUAUAAAGGUGUCGUAAAUAAAGGACAGGGCGGUGCCCACGGUUGCUAGGGGCGCAAGCGUCUCCGGGCUGCCAGAAUGACUCCAGCUCUGUGCGCGGCGCCAGUCCAUGUCAUGUUCCGGCUGUGUCUCUGGGUCCCACGGCCCCCUGCUCACGUGGCAACUACUGUGGCUACUCGUCCAGGCGGCUCAGCCUCUGGAGUGGGUCCAGGACCCGCUGCAGCUGAUCUCCGACGCCCUGUGGCAGAUGAGCCCUUGUCUUCCCUCUCCUCCGAUCUCCCACCCGAAUCGCCCCAUGCGCUUACCCUCCCGCCACCUCGCAGACCCGGGGGCUUUGAACAUCUGGGGUCCUCUGCUUCCUCCCAGAUGUCAGCUCCGGCUCAGGAAUUGACUGAGACUUUGACCAAGACUUUGGUUCCAUUCCUGGACACGGAUUCAGUCGGAGAGCUGCCCCCGUGGCCAGAGCAGUUCCUUGCUGCACACCAGAAUCUGAAUGACAAGCUGACUCGGCAAGAAAGGCUCCCAGAGGUGGUCCCAAUGCUGGACUGGGAUCAGAACCAGGCCCUAGCUCGGCCUCUUUGCCUCAAAAGUAAGGUUAAAACUGCAAAUCUAGAUCAGGCUGCAGAUCAUCAGGUAUAUGAAAUACUUGUUCUACCUCUAGAUAGAAUUCAAAAGCAACGAAGCUUAUUGUUUGGCCCAAGAACCUGAAGAAAGGUCUACCUCAGCAUGGAGGCUUGCUAAGGUUGUGGCUGGAACUCCACAUCGAUUUGUAUCAAACCUCAGCGUCAGAAACAAACUUUGCAGGAUAUUUAAAUUCAAGUAUGAAUAUACUGUAUCCAGGUACCCUGUCCCCAGAACUCCAGGUGAACUCAGAUGAGCCUCCAGGGCCUCCUGAGCAAGUUGGACUUUUUCAAUUUCAUCUAGAGCCAGAAACUCAA